AUGGCAGAUAUUGAACCGGUGGCGGAUCUGCUGGUUGACUGUUUUGAGACGGAACUGAAAUGGUUCGAGUUUCCAGAACGAGAGGCCAGACGGAAAAAGUACAGGGAUAUGCUGCAGAGUUCCCUCCUCAGACGCAUCCAAAAGGCAUCCUCCUCCGAGGACGAAACCACGCAAAGUCUCUCCUUCAUGUUGUUGGUGGAGUCGGCAAAGGAACCCGGCAAUAAGAUGUUGGGGUUUGUGCAAGUGGGAAUGCUACCUCCACCACCGGGGUUUCAACCAACCAAUGAUGAUAGUGACCAAGCAAUAACCAAAGAUGUUCCCUACAUUGCCAACCUAUGCGUCCUCCCUUCUAACCGGAAACAUGGAAUUGGAAAGAAAAUGGUCGAUAUUUGCACACGGUGGCUGGCAAAGAAAGAGCAACAAAAUGUCUUUAUUGCAGUGGAAUCUGACAAUCUAGUUGCCAAGCGAUUCUAUCAAGGAAUCAACUUUGCAUGGAUUGAACCACCCGGUGUGAGUUCCCAGCGGGAUUACUACUAUCGUCCCAUCUCGUCAUGA